CGCCCUGCCAAGAUGGCGGUGCUGGGGGCUCCGCGGGGCCUGGCGGCGGCCGCCUCCCGCAAGCGGCGGCUCCUCGCCCUCCUCCUGCUGCGGCCUCCGGCGGCCGCCGCUGCCUGCGCGCAGGGCUGGCUGGCGGGCAGCGGGGGGCAGCGGGCCCCGGGGAGCGGCCAGGUUCCACCAAUUUGCAAGCAAAGAUCAUGGCACAGUCUGGGAGGAGAUUAUUCAAGGCCUUUAUUAGAGGCUUCAGAGAUCCUCCCGAGGUGGCAGCUGACAGAAAAGAGAAUGUGUUGGCAUGGACAUGCAGGUGGAGGACUUCACACAGAUCCAAAGGAAGGGCUGAAGGAGAUAGAUGCCAAGAAGAUUAUCAGAGCAAUGCUGUCUUAUGUGUGGCCCAAGGACAGACCAGACCUGCGAGCCAGAGUGGCCAUAUCUCUGGGGUUUUUAGCAAGUGCAAAGGCCAUGAAUAUCCUGGUUCCUUUCAUGUUUAAAUAUGCAGUAGACAACCUCAACCAGAUGUCUGGAAACAUACUCAACCUCGGGGAUGCACCAAAUACAGUGGCAACUGUGGCAACUGCUGUUCUCAUUGGCUAUGGUGUCUCAAGAGCUGGGGCGGCGUUAUUUAAUGAAGCUAGAAAUGCAGUAUUUGGGAAGGUGGCUCAAAAUUCAAUCAGAAGGAUAGCAAAGAAUGUUUUCCUGCAUCUUCAUAACCUGGAUUUGGCAUUCCAUCUGAGCAGGCAAACUGGGGCUCUGUCAAAAACCAUCGACAGAGGAACAAGAGGCAUCAGUUUUGUUCUUAGUGCUUUAGUAUUUAAUCUGGGACCUACCAUGUUUGAAGUGGCACUAGUCAGUGGAAUUCUGUAUUACAAAUGUGGUGCAGAGUUUGCUUUGGUGACCCUGGGGACGCUAGGAGCGUACGCAGCUUUCACAAUAGGCAUUACCCAGUGGAGGACUAAGUUUCGAAUAGAAAUGAACAAAGCAGAUAAUGAUGCGGGUAAUGCGGCAAUUGACUCACUACUAAAUUAUGAGACUGUGAAGUAUUUCAAUAAUGAGAAAUAUGAAGCCCAACGGUAUGAUGAAUUCUUGAAGACAUAUGAAAGGGCCUCCCUGAAGACUACCUCAACUUUAGCUCUCCUCAACUUCGGGCAGAGCGCGAUAUUUAGCGUUGGCUUAACGGCCAUCAUGGUGCUUGCUAGCCAGGGCAUUGUUGCAGGCAGCCUUUCUGUUGGAGAUCUGGUGAUGGUGAAUGGAUUACUGUUCCAGCUUUCUCUUCCCCUGAACUUUCUGGGAACAGUGUACAGAGAGACAAGACAAGCACUUAUAGAUAUGAACACCUUGUUUACACUUCUCAGUGUAGAUACCAAAAUUAAAGACAAAGAGCUGGCUCCACCCCUGCAGAUCACACCACAGACUGCUUCCAUUGCCUUUGAUAAUGUGCAUUUUGAAUACCUUGAGGGGCAGAAAGUCCUUGCUGGAGUCUCUUUUGAAGUCCCUGCGGGAAAGAAAGUGGCCAUUGUAGGAGGUAGUGGGUCAGGGAAGAGCACCAUUGUGAGGUUGUUGUUUCGUUUCUAUGAACCUCAAAAAGGAAGUAUUUAUGUGGCUGGACAGAAUAUACAGGAUGUCAGUUUGGAAAGUCUGAGGAAGGCAAUAGGAGUUGUACCUCAGGAUGCUGUUCUCUUCCAUAAUACCAUCUAUUACAAUCUGCUCUAUGGCAAUAUUGGAGCCACUCCAGAAGACGUCUAUGCAGUGGCCAAGCUGGCAGGGAUCCAUGAGGCCAUCCUUCGCAUGCCCAAUGGUUACAACACCCAGGUUGGUGAACGAGGGCUCAAGCUUUCAGGAGGAGAAAAGCAGAGGGUUGCAAUUGCCAGAGCAAUGUUAAAGGAGCCACCUAUUCUUCUCUAUGAUGAAGCCACAUCAUCUUUAGAUUCAAUUACAGAAGAGAAUAUCCUCAGUGCCAUGAGGGACAUGGUGAGGCACCGGACAUCAGUUUUCAUUGCUCACAGACUGUCCACGGUCGUUGAUGCCGAUGAAAUCCUCGUGCUGGAUAGGGGCAAAGUUGUGGAACGUGGUAGACAUGCAGACCUCCUUGCAAGUCCAAACAAUCUCUAUUAUGAAAUGUGGCAUACGCAGAGCAGCAAAGUACUGAAUAGUCACAACAACCCACCCUGGGAAGAGAGGAAUAGUCGGAUGUCCAAAGAGGAGGAAAGAAAGAAACUAGAAGAAGAAAUUAGCAAUAGUGUGAAAGGCUGUGGGAACUGUUCCUGCUAACUGUUGAUCCUGGAUUACUCUUCUUUAGCAGGUUAAAAAUGCACAAGAUUUCAACAAGGUGCAGCUCUGGUGUGUCUAAGUCGACAUUCAAAAACUUCGUGGGUUUUGCAGCUUUUGGGUUUUACAGUUUCUCAGAGACCUAAUUUCAACCAAAGGAGUUCUAUUUUUACAUUUUAGAGAUCUCUCAUUUUCAGUGGCACCUGCAAGAGCUGAGCUUUUUCAAAAACUUUCAACUUCUCAACUAAGAGUGUAAUUUAUGGCAAUUUUUAGGCAUUGGCAAAUUCUCCUGGUAGUCGCUUGAGGUGGAUUAUUAAAUUGUAAACAGAUUUGUCCUUGGUUUACAUCAUUUCUCAUCAUUAAUGGUUCAUAAAUAUGUCAUGUUUUAAUUGUAAUAGGGCUAAUUUGAACUCACUUGCUAGCGAGGAAGAUGUAAUUUAAAUUGUUCGGUGAUGUUCAGGUUUAAAAUGUUCUUCCUUGUAAAGAAUACAAAAAAGCCUCACAAAAAUAUGAAGAGGCUUCUAGUAGCAAACUAAAUAUUAGAAUUAUCCAUCUCACCCUUCAGAAAGACAUUUCAUAUUAGACUUUCAGGCAAUGUACUGGUAUUAUUCUGCAAGAGAGCUAACAGUAUUUUUAAGAGCUGGCAAAAAUCUGGAAUUGGCAAAAUAUUGUGUGACUUCACAGAAAACAGAAAUGGUGUAUGUAAAUGUGAAGAAUUGGAAGUUUCCCUUAAAUUAAAAAAAACAGAGUUCAGGAUUCUGUAUCCUCAACAUCUGCUGCAGUAGUCAAAGCAGAAUGCAGUCACUUCUAUUUCAGUCAUGGUCUUAGGGGGAGCAAUUGAGAUUCAAUAAAGACUUCCAUAAAUUUCUAUUAUGUCAUUAAUGUAUGAGAAAAUGACCUGGAUAAUGUUGAGAGCAUUGCUGUAAUCAUCUCUUCAUUUCAACAGUCAGAACUUCUUCAGUGUCAAGAAACCUCAAUCUUUGUGAUUUGCAGGACACUCCAAGUGUAUUAGGUUUGUGUGGCAGGGUUUUGGUGAGGGGGGGCUGCAGGGGUGGCUUCUGUGAGAAGCUGCCAGAAACUGCCCCCAUGUCUGAUGGAGGUGACUCUGCCUGAUUCCAGGAAGGACCCACCACUGGCCAGGGCUGAGCCCAUCAGCAACGGUGGUAGCACCUCUUGGAUAAGAUAUGUAAGAAGGGAGAAAAAAAUACUGCAGUGGAACAGGAGCUAGAGAGAGGAGUGAGAAUAUGUGAGAGGAACAGCUCUUACAGACACCAAGGUCAGUGAAGAAGGGGGAUGAGGCACUUCAGGCGCAGGAGCAGAGGUUCCCCCGCAGCCUGUGGAGGUCCAUGGUGGAGCAAAUAUUCCCCUGCAGCCCCUGGAAGUCCACGGUGGAGCAGAUAGCCACCUCCAGCCCACAGAGGAGCCCACAUCAGAGCAGGUGGAUGUGCCUGAAGAAGGCUGGGACCCCGUGGAGAGCCUGUGCUGGAGCAGGGGAAGAGCGUGAGGAGGAAGGAGUGACAGAGACAUGAUGAGCUGCCCCUAACCCCCAUUCCCUGUCCCCCUGUGCUGCCUGGAGGGAGGAGGUAGAGAAAUGGAGAGCUGAGGGUGAGCCUGGGGGAUGGGGGUUUUGGGGAAGGUGUUUUAAAAUUUGGUUUUAUUUUCAAUUUGCCCUGCUCUGAAUGUUCAUUGACAAUAAAUUAACUUAAUUUCCCUGA